ACACGUGGCACCUAGUUAGACUACCCUAGUCCCUACUGCUCUUUUCCUAUUACUCUCUAACCUUCUCCACUGCCACUCCACUUCCUCUGCAAAAUUUCCAACCAACGACAAAAAUGAAGAUCUUCAAUUGGGUUCACCGCAAGUUCAAUAGCAAAGCGGAAAAUGCGAAGAGAAACGGCGACGAGAAGAAGCCUCCGGCUGAGGACGAAUGCGACGACGUUUUCGAGCGCUGGAGAGGGGGGAUUCUGGCCAUCGGAACAUUCGGAUUCGAUCCGUUGAAGGAUAAAAAUGAGGAACUAAUCACUCACGAUUACUUCGUGGAGGAUGACGGCGAUCAUUCCUCCGUCGAAGAUGACGAUCACGGCGACGGCGACGGCGACGGCGAAGGCAAUCCUCUGGUUCUCGCUGUUCACGAUUGUAACGCCGGGGAACUGACGGAGACGGAAACGGAGACGGAGACGGAGACUGAAACUGAAACUGAAACGGAGGAAAAUGACCAGGAGCUGCAGUUCGGGUUCGAAUACGUGAUGAUGAAGAAGAAGGAGCGAAUCACUCUCGCGGAUUUGUUCACCGCGGAUUCCGGCGAUCGCGAUCCACGCGCCGGCGCCGCCAUUGCGAAGGAUCGGACGUUCAACGAGUCCGAUUUGGUGAGAGAGAAGUCGAGUCGCAAGCACGCGCUCUCCUUUACUGCUAAGAACGCUCGCCCCAUCCACAAACUCAAUAAGCUGAUGCGGAGAAUGUUGAGAAGAAAGAUCCAUCCCGACGUGGGGCCCAUCAAUCCUAAUGUCGCGGCGUUGAAUAACUAUAAUUGUGAUUAUGAUUAUAAUUACAAUUAUAACGAUAAGUGCCGCGGCGCGACUGACGACUACGCUUCGCUUCUUCCCACUAAUCAAGACACCAUUAUAUGAUGAUUAUUUCGUGAAUGAUGUGAUCUCUUAGACAAGGUGGGUGCGACCGUGUUUCAUUUGAAGAAUUCUUGGCUUUCUUUUUUAAUUAGUAGAUGUUAAUUAAUGGUUGAACUCUCGGAUUAUAAAUAUUUGUUUGAUUAGAUGAUGAUUGAUGCGUGUAUGUAUUCUGCUAUCUGUGUAAUUAAUGUACGACUCCAUGAGGUUUGGAUUGUUAUUAUUGAAGUUGAGGUUGCCCAUGUUUCAA